AUGGCCAAUGAGAUACGGCUCUCUCGACUUCGUUCACCUAACGGUACCACCUCCCGGUUCACCACAGAAGACAUACCUCCCCCAACACCUACACACAUCGAAGACAUCUUUCAGUCCUCAUCAUCAACGACUCUCGCCCCACCGGAUCCCGCGGUGUCGCCAUGGAAGCGCACGCUGUUCGACCUGCUCGAAGAGCCCACGUCAAGCCCUGGCGCAUUCCUCGUGCAUGUCCUCACCACUUCAUUAAUCGUCAUAUCCGCCCUCGUGACGAUUCUCGAGACAGUUCCGAGCUUUCACGGAAAGAGCUUCCGCGUGUGGUUUGGGCUCGAGACGAGCUUGGUUGUCUUGUUCACUAUUGAAUAUGUCGCACGGUGCUUUGCAUGGAGUGCGACCUGGAUGGGGCUGGCUAAAUGGAUGUUCUCGUUCUACGGGGUUGUGGACAUGCUUGCAAUCUUGCCGUACUACAUAGAGCUCAUCCUGCAGCAGGAUACUAGCGCCCUCUUCCGGUUCUCGAUCCUUCGCAUGUUCCGUCUUCUUCGUGUCUUCAGACCCUUCCGACACAACAGCACCCUCCUUCUCACUAUCGAAGUUAUGUACCUCGCUAUCCGACGCUCGCAGCAUGCGCUUCUCGCUCUGAGCUUCUUCAUUUUCAUGGUGCUCACUGUGUUCAGUACUCUCCUCUAUUUCACCGAGCGAGGGACAUGGGAUGACACAAUCGAGACCUUCGUCAACUCAGACGGUGAUCCGACGCAGUUUUCGUCUAUACCUGUCGCCGCGUGGUUUGUCCUCGUCACAAUAACCACAGUCGGCUACGGCGAGAUCACGCCCCGCUCCUUCCUCGGUAAACUCAUCACCAUCCCCCUGCUCGCCUUUGGCCUGCUGCUCAUCGCACUCCCGAGCUUUGUCCUCGGCCGCGAGUUCAGUAUCGUCUGGAACGAGAUGACGCGCCAGGUCGGCAACAUCGAAACAGGUUCCGUCCCAGACACCCCGCGCGAGCGCGACCCCAUCUCUGACCCGUUCCUCGGCACCAUCUCCAGCCUCUCGCACUACGGCCACGGCCACGGCAGCGGCAGCGGCAGGAGCAGCAGCGACCUGAGCAACCGCAAGCUCGCGCACAACCAGGUCGAGCUCUCGCACCAGAUCGCGGACCUGCGCGCGCUCGUCGAGGCGCAGAGCGAGGUCAUCCGCGACCUCGCUGCGCUCCUGAGCGGCCACAAGGCCAAGGCCGACCCGAAUUCGAGCUCGGGGGAUCUGGCUGCGGGGCGGUCUCCGGUUCCUCCGUCGAAGACGGGUGCGGGAUAUGGACUGGGGAUGUCGAUGUCGAAUAGCAGCAGGGGGUUCGGAGGGGAUAGCUAGCCCUCGAUGUGGAGAUGAGUUAUGGGUGGAUAGUGGGUACUGUACCUAGUGCUUAAUGUUGGUGAUAAUACG